CAUCGCAGGGAGCGAAAAGGGAAGCAACGGACAACCUUCAAAGCAAAGGGCUCUCCGCUGCUGGAGCAUCUCCACACGUCCCGGGUCAGCCAGCCUGCCCGCCCGCCCGGCGGAGAAGUUGUCUGACUUGGGCGCUCGGAGUGGCGCCGGGGAUGAAUGGCGUGCGGGUAGCCGUGCUGGGCAGCGAAGGGACGGGCAAAUCCGCCCUUACGGUACGCUUUCUGACGAAGCGUUUCAUAGGAGAAUAUGCCUCCGAUUCUGAAUGCAUUUAUACAAAACAUUUGUGUCUGGAUGGAAAGCAAAUUAACUUGGAAAUAUAUGAUCCUUGUUCCCAACCUCGGCCAGGGAAUUUGUUACUUGCACAUGAACUCCAAUGGGCAGACGGAUUUGUUGUGGUCUAUGACAUCAGUGAUAGAACUUCAUUUGUGUUCGCAAAAGCGUUGCUGUACAGGAUCCGUGAGUGUCAUGGAGGAGCUUGCAAAAGAACAUCAGAGUGCACCGUGGUUUUGGUUGGGAACAAGCAGGAUUUGUGCCACGUACGAGAAGUCGGUUGGGAUGAAGGACAGAAGUUGGCCCUGGAUUACAGAUGCCAGUUUUGUGAACUCUCUGCUGCAGAACAGUGCCAGGAAGUGGGAACGAUGUUCAGCCAAGCUUUGAAAAGCCUUGCGGCUCAUCCCAAGGGGAAGGAGAAAAGACGGCCCAGUGGCUCAAAAUCCAUGGCCAAACUGAUCAAUAACAUGUUCGGGAAGAGGAGGAAAUCUGUUUAGUGACAGGCCCACCAGAAACGGGCAGGGAGCCAAGACACUGUCUCGUACACAUAUGCACACACAUGCCCAAAGGAUCUAGUUCACGUGAAGAUCUUAGCAUGUCACCCAAGGAAGCCACAGAAAUAAUUGGUGUAUUCCCACCCAGCAUGGCAAAAAUCAUCGCUUAAACCUAGCCUUUUGAUAACUCUUCUGGGAAUUUAGUUUUUCGUGGAAGCAGAUUGAUUUUUGAGCAUACUAAUAUAUGGUUGUUAAGGAGUGAACUGUGAGUUAAUCAUUAAUCAUCUUAAGUGGAUCCAGUGGCAGGCAAUAUGAAUAAGGCUUGGAAAACAAUGUGGUGUGGUGCCUAGAUCAAUGUUUCCCAUGCUUAGACAUUUUAAAGAUAUUUGGACUUCAACUCCCAGAACACCCCAGCCAGCAUUGCAAUACAUACAUCUUAUAAAUGGCUAAGCAUGGGAAACAUUAUGGUAUUGAUUUCAGCUAUAACAAAAUUCUUUUGGUCUGUGGUGAGAGAGAGGCAGUCCACAAUUUACAUUGGGAAAUGAUUACCCAAAACAUCACCAAGGUCUUUGAUGAAGCAGGAGAGAAGGAAAGUCUUGAACUUUUAGCAUCUUUUCCAGAAGUGACAUUAAACUCAUAUCAAUUUAACUUGUGCUUUCCUAGCUACAGUUCCUUUCCUUAGCUUGGAACAGACUUAGGAGAAGAUUAAAAUCUGACUGAAAUCUUAUCAGCUAAUUCCUUUUUCCAGCUUUUGGCUGCAAUCAACUAUGUGGCAGUGUUCCCUUCUAAUAUAUUUAGUGUCCUUUUAACUACUUAAGUGCAGAAUCAGGGGCUUCUUGUUAAGUCUGCCCUUACAUUAAAUAUUGCAAAACCAGUGAGAAACUGAUGGCUUUUUUUUAAAGGUAAACUGGAGUGGGGGGCGGAACAGGAUGUAGCAUAUUGCUACAUAAGUUUGUGGAAAAUUUGAUCUCCACCUCUUGCUGUUUUUUCCUGCUUGUGGGUAACAUGAACACUAGGAUGCAAAAUGCAUUUGGAAAUGUGAACACUCUUUCCACUCUCCGAAAUAUGCAACUCUCAACAGCUGCCCAGAAGAAUCCCUUGAUAGUGAGAUGGGCAGCUUAUUAAUUUAAUCAAUAAAUAAUAAAAAUAAAAACUCUGCUCUCUGUGAUGACAGCAUUCCAAAUUAUGUCGCUUGAGAAAGUGGGGGUGCAGCUUCAGCACGAACCGGACAAGUAUAUUUUCA